AUGGCCUCCAGAUUCAGGGAGGUCUCUCCAAUUGCAGUGGCCUUCAGGAGGCCAGAGUGUGGAGGCAGAGGGGACGUAAGACAGAGCCUGCUCCUCCCUCUCCUGGAGGACUCAACGCUCUUGAGCAACCCUGCCUUUGACACUCCCCAUGGGCCCCAGGAGAGGCCAAGACGUUUUCAGGGAGAUGGAGAAAUCAUUUCUUCACUCACAGGAGGCUUCCCGCUUCCACUGCCCAGCAAUCCCGUGAGGCAACAGCAGGGGCUGAGGCGAGUCCAGCUCACAGCCGGGGAGGAGAUCAGGGAUGGGGCAGGUCAGGAAGACGUGUGGUUGGGCCAUUGCAUCAGGCCCAGGAGGGAUAUAAAUGACGGUCCUGCGUGCUGGGAGGAGGCCGACUUGGGGACCAUGGAGACUCAGAGGGCCAGCCUCGCCCUGGGGCGGUGGUCACUGUGGCUACUGCUGCUGGGACUAGUGGUGCCCUCGGCCAGCGCCCAGACCUUCAGCUACAAGGAGGCCGUGAUUCAUGCUUUGGAUCAACUCAACGAGCGGUCCUCAGAAGCUAAUCUCUACCGCCUCCUGGAGCUGGACCUGCCUCCCAAGACCGAGAGGGACCCGGACACCCCGAAUCCUGUGAAAUUCACGGUGAAGGAGACUGUGUGCCCCAGGACGACCCAGCAGCCCCCGGAGCAGUGUGACUUCAAGGAGAAUGGGCUGGUGAAACAGUGUGUGGGGACAGUCACCCUGAACCAGGUCAGCGGUAACUUCGACAUCACUUGUAAUGAGGCCCAGGGUGUCAGGAUUACAAAGCUACCAUGGGCGCCACCACAGCCAGCACAAAUAUGUCGCAUAAUAGUGGUAAGAGUGUGCAGGCCAAUAUGUCGCAUAACAGUGAUAAGAGUGUGCAGUUAA